CCUCGAUCGCCCAUCUCUCUCUUCUCAUCGCCAGCAGGUCUCGCACCCAGCCUUUCGAUCACAUCACGCCAAGACGGGCACGCCUCUUGAUAGCAGGCUCGGCUCGGAACCACGACCAGCCGGCUCGCUGCUGAGCGAAGUCGAUUCUUCGCAUUGAGAUCUCCUACAUCCCAUCUUCCUCGUCGAUACGACACUCUCACAUCGCGCGCCACGUUGCAAUGCCCAGCGGUAAAAAGAGCCGCAAGCGGCAGUACUCCGCCCAGGCCCACGCCUUUGCCUCCUCCACCUCAACCACUCGCGCCUUUCAGCUCCCUCCUAUCCCACACAAGACGAAACACACUCUCAACCCAGACCAAGCCGAGAUGCACGAAUGGGACAAGUACGUCGAAGCCCUUCAAGCCGAGACGGAACGAGCCAUUGGGCAACGAGCAGCCGCUGCCGCCCUCUUCCGCCAGGCUCACGGCUACGAGUGCCCCACGCGUCAGGAAGCAGCAGAGCAGGCCCGUCUACGAGCUCAGGCCAAGGCUCAGGCGCAAGAAGCUAGCGCGAGGGCCAAGGUCAAGGCACAAGUGCAGGCUCAGGUGGCCGCCCAAGUUCACGUAGCACAGCAACGCUUCCAGGCCGUUCAGGCGGCAGCUGCGGCUGCUAGUCGUAGGUCGGCCCUUCAUCCCUCGCAGCAGCGGGAACUCCUCCCUGCUCCGUCUUCUGCUCUUCCUCGCAUGGGUCGCAGGGAGUACGAGGAGCGCAGGCGUCGUGCUGAGCAGGAAGAGCAGGAAAGGCUCGACCGUAUUCGUGCUUGGGAGUCGCGCACUCGUGUCUCGAGCAACGCGGCUGGGCCGAGUGGGAGCGGCAGGACAAGCGCGGGAGGCAGCGGUAGUCAUGGCAAUGGACGCGACAGCAAGUCCAACUCGAUGCCCGUAGAUGAGGACGCUAGCAGCGCCAAGUAUCUCCGCGGGGACCGUAGCUCGGCGGCUUGAGCGAGUAAGCUUGCACAGCAGCGGCCUCAACUAGGCGCAAUCAGGACCGCCUCACCAGCAAGUGCGCUCCUUAUACACACGAAGCUCGAUCUGACGCCAGUCUCUCAAGCACAUCCAUUACCCACCAUCAUCAUCUAUACCUCGCCCUCUCCAUCAUCAGUGUCCCUCGUCUCUUAGAUCAGCUAUCACUUUGAGCUGCUCAGAUCAGCUCAUCAGAACGAGGUUUCGACGACAGCCGCUCAGCAUCCCGCGCCAUCGUCGUAGCCUCAUGGCCUCAGUCUUCGGCCGUCAUACUCGCUCGUCAUCACGGCAAGUUGGAUGCCGGAGGUGACCGCGUAUUCGCAGCUCGCUCCCUACCCUGGCCCUCAGCAGCAUGACGAUCUCACGCCUCUAGC